AUACAUACACAUCAUCAACAUUUCCCUAUCUUUUCUCAAUAAAAUCUGCCGUUAAUUCAGACACCGUAUAAAUCCAAAACAUUAGAGCGAAGAAAGAUUCAUAGGGAUCUUCCUUUUGAACAAAUCUUAAAUCUUCUUUCUUCCCUUUUUAUCUAUCUAUAGUCUCUACCCUUCCCUUAUCUCUCGCUCUCUGCAUAUUCUUCAACAUUGGAUCUCAAUUAAGGUUCAGUCCUUUUCCUGGGAUUAUUACAUUUUUUUAGUAUUUUGUUUUCGGAGGAGUAGUGGAGAUGGUAAUUAGAGCUUAGAGAGGAAGAGAAAUAGAUUUGGUAGAUAAUAAUUACUUUAUUAUUGUCAAAUUCUGUUUAAUGUGAAUGGUUUAUGAUCAAAAGUAUAUGAAUUUCGAUUGAGUUGUACUAUUGCAAGCAGUCUUAUCAAUGGUUUGUGAUCAAUUUAGGAUUUAGUAUAUCACAUUUAUUGAGGUGGUUUUCUUUUAAUGAUGGGUUGAAUUCAAGUUUGGUAGCAAUUUAGAGGAAUUGUGUUUUUGUAGAGAGAUAACAAGUUGGGAGAAUUUGGAUUUGAAUUUGUGGUGUUUGUGAUGGAUCAUAGAAGUGAAAGGGUUAAGGAUAUUGAAGUUGAUCUCGAAAGUGGGUUGCCACUAAUUCGAGACCACUCGAGGAAAACCUCGGAUCCAAGCACUGCGAAACAUGGCAAAGCGUUAUUUGCUAAGUUUUCGGGUGGGUUUGUUGGAGGUCCUGUUAAAGACAAAGAUGGAUCAAGUUCAUAUUGUAAUGAAUCGAAUUUAUGUGAAGUUCCGUUGGAUGUGAUGAAAGCGAUAAACAAUACUCCGGUGAAGGAGAAACGGAAAAAGGCAUCUAAUAAAAAGGCUGCCAAACCUCCAAGACCUCCACAAGGUCCAUCGUUGGACGCAGCCGAUCAUAAGCUGAUUAGGGAGAUAUCUGAACUUGCCAUGUUGAAGCGUGCGAGGAUAGAGCGUAUGAAAGCGUUGAAGAAAAUGAAAAUUGCUAAAUCAUCAUCAUCAUCGAAUAGUAGCAGCGCUUGGGCCAUGGUUUUCACUGUUAUCUUCUUCAUUGUGAUAAUCUUCCAAGGCAUGUCGUCCGGGAAGAGUUCAGUGGCGAGUUUCCAGGGUUCUCCUGUAUCAUCAGGAGGAGCCGAGGAGGGUUUAAUUUCGGUUCAGUACCAACUCAAUCCAUCUAGUGAUCCAAAUGCACCGGGUUCUGAGUCCCCCAAUUUUGUACAAAGGGUAGCAGGAUCUGAUUUGCAUGAAAAACUGAGGAGAGAAUAAGGUUAAUGCAAUAAGCUUAAGGACAAAAAGAAUGUCAUCACAUCAGAUGUAUUUAAACAAGAGAUGACCUAGUUUUAUAUUGUGCUUCUCAUAUAAGCCUUUUCUUUUUGUCUUUCAAUAUACAUUUCUUUAUUAUUUCUUAAUUAAUGUGUUGGUAAUUUAUCCCUUUUUAUGUAUAUUAAUUAAUAUUUGGGGGUGAGUUAAAUUACCAUGGAAUUACCACUGUUGUUUUUCAUGAUACACUUUUUACCUCCUCAGCAACUUUGUGUUGCUCAUGGUAGUGGAAUUGAAAUUGAGUUUGGAUACUUUCGCUAA